ACGCUUCAGAUUGCCGGAGCCGCGCUACCAGGGACGCAGUGAUGAAGCCAGGUUUCAGCCCCCGUGGGGGUGGCUUUGGUGGCAGAGGAGGCUUUGGUGACAGAGGCGGUAGAGGAGGAGGCCGCGGAGGCUUCGGCGGUGGACGAGGAGGCUUCGGCGGUGGUCGAGGAGGCUUCGGUGGAGGUCGAGGUCGGGGCGGAGGUGGUGGCUUCAGGGGCCGAGGAGGUGGACGAGGUGAGUGGGGUGGUGGCUUCCAGUCUGGGGGUGGCCGGGGUCGAGGUGGUGGCCGAGGAGCCAAGAGAGGAAACCAGUCAGGGAAGAAUGUGAUGGUAGAGCCACAUCGGCACGAAGGCGUCUUUAUCUGUCGAGGAAAGGAGGAUGCCCUUGUCACAAAAAACCUGGUCCCUGGAGAAUCUGUGUAUGGAGAGAAGAGAGUCUCCAUUUCAGAGGGAGAUGACAAAAUUGAGUACCGAGCCUGGAACCCCUUCCGCUCCAAGCUGGCGGCAGCAAUCCUUGGCGGCGUGGACCAGAUCCACAUCAGGCCUGGGGCCAAGGUGCUCUACCUCGGUGCCGCCUCGGGCACCACCGUCUCCCACGUCUCAGAUAUUGUCGGCCCGGACGGCCUCGUCUAUGCAGUUGAGUUCUCCCACCGCUCUGGCCGUGACCUCAUCAAUUUGGCCAAGAAGAGGACCAACAUUAUCCCCGUGAUUGAAGACGCUCGGCACCCACACAAAUACCGCAUGCUUAUCGCAAUGGUGGAUGUAAUCUUUGCCGACGUAGCCCAGCCAGACCAAACCCGGAUUGUGGCCCUGAAUGCCCACACCUUCCUGCGGAAUGGAGGACACUUUGUGAUUUCCAUUAAGGCCAACUGCAUCGACUCCACGGCGUCGGCGGAGGCCGUGUUCGCGUCCGAGGUGAAGAAGAUGCAGCAGGAGAACAUGAAGCCGCAGGAGCAGCUCACGCUGGAGCCCUACGAGCGCGACCACGCCGUGGUGGUGGGCGUGUACCGGCCACCUCCCAAGGCGAAGAAUUGAAACGCGGAGCUGCCUAGAAUUGGGGGGAAAUGUGUGUUGCUACUGUUGCACGUGUGGUCUUUGUUUUUUUGUUUUUGUUUUUCUAUUAAAAGACUCAUCUGUCUCCCCCUGUCUGGUGCCGAUUGCUCAU